UUGUCGUAAUCGUAACGUUCGGAGUAUCGUGUAUACGUUUCACAACCGUAAGACGUAUCGUAGCAUUCACAGUCGAUUUACUGCAGUUGUAAUGAAAAUUCAAUAGUAAUUCGGAUUCGCGUCGGGAGAAUGUCGGGAAGCACGAAAUUUCACAAGAAAUUAAUGGACAAGAGAAUUUCUUUCAUGUCCUAACAGCACAUAGUCGACUCUGAGUUGACUAUAUUUGGUCAAAAUUAAGGAAAAUCUUUACCAUUUAAAUAACACUUCGUAAUCAGAAAUUCCUCGUCGCACCACCUAGCGGUCUCUCAACGAGUUAACGAGCAAUGGCGGUUGAUCUGCGUCGGUCUGCUGCUGUUAAAUGUCAAACGGCAGCGUGGAUCUCGGAAUAACGAGUUGUCGGUGACGUUCUCGCCAUUCUCGGUUGUAGAGAUGGCCGCGAAGGAGCCGAUCGUCGUCGAAGCGAUCGCCGAGCCCGGGAUCGAGCCCGGUGCCUCCUCGGAGACGAUGCUCGUCACCACCGACAGCUUCGACGAGUACGAGCAGGAGAUGAGCAGCAGCAUCGACGGCGACAGGCAGACGAAGGAGAGCGUGACCAGCACCAUCUCCGAGAUCCAAGAGGAUGUCACGCAAGACGUUCCCGCGACACCCGUGACCCCCGCGACACCCGUGACCCCCGCGACACCCGCCACUGCCAGUCCGCGAGAAUCUGAGAAAAAUCUUUCGCUAGACGACGCAGAGAUGGACGAUGUCGCGCAUCGUUUGGGUCAAAGUAACAUGGACGGGGACCCGCUGCGUUGCAAGACGUGGCUGGCGCAGAAGAAGCACAUUUUUAUCUUGAGUCAGGCGGGCAAGCCAAUAUAUUCCAGAUACAGUUCGGAGGAUAAGCUAGUCACAGUCAUGGGAGUCAUGCAGGCCUUAGUGUCGUUCGUUCAGGCUGGUAGCGAUAUGAUCAGAUCAGUACAUGCUGGUGACACGAACUUUGUUUUCGUCGUGAAGGGUCCAUUGAUCUUAGUGGCAGUGUCCAAAACCUUGGAAAGCGUACCUCAGCUCACUUUACAAUUAACAUAUGUAUAUAAUCAGAUAAUCUCUGUGUUGACACAGUCUCAGUUAAAUAGAGUGUACGAUCAAAGGAGAAAUUUUGAUCUACGAAGGUUGUUGAGUGGUAGCGAAAGACUGAUAGAUCAUUUAUUGAACUUUAUGGAUAGAGAGCCCGCUUUCUUUCUAGGCGCCAUCAAAUGUUUACCCCUGCUUCCUUCUAUGAGAAGUUCCAUUACACAGACCAUCAUUCAGACUUGUGCUAAGAUCAAGAACUUAGUAUUUGCCAUACUUCUAGCUAAUAAUCAAUUGGUUACACUAGUUAGAAUGAACAAAUUUUUUCUACAUCCAAUGGAUCUACAUAUAAUACAAAAUCUGGUGGACAGUUCCGAGUCGCUCAAAACUGCUGAGAGCUGGACGCCGAUAUGUCUACCGAAAUUCGAUUCCAAUGGUUAUAUGCACGGCCAUGUGUCAUAUUUGGCGGAAGAUUGCCAGGCGUGUUUAUUGCUGCUCACUGUUGAUAGGGACGUUUUUUUUGUGCUAUCAGAGGCUAAACAAAAAAUUGUGGAGAAAUUGCGGCGAAUAAAUUGCCUAGAAGCGAUAAACGAAUCUAUGAACAAACCAACGGUAACAACAGCUGACAUUGGGUUACCCGAGAUGCGACACGUUUUAUAUAAAUGCAAAAGCACCGCGCAAUUCUGGAGUCCCGGGCUUCAACCGCCUUACACAACGGACGAAGAAAUAGAACGAUUAUUGGGCCUUUAUCAGUGUUUGCAUCACAGACUGCAUUCUCCUAGUCGGCCCUUGAAACUUAUAUUUCAGCAGCUGGAUAAGGAAACGAUGUUAGCAUGGUGUCGUUUGCAGGUGGCUUCUGGUUUUGAAUUAUACGUAACGUUUGAGCCUCUGGUAACGAAACCAGAUGCCAUUGAAGCAGUGAGCAAGCUGUUAAAGUGGAUAAAGAAGGAGGAAGAAAGAUUAUUCAUUCUGAACUCGCCUACGUUUUAAACAUUACCAAGUAUUUUGUUUCCAUAGGAUAUAUAGAGAAAUGAUGUAUAAAAAUAAUAGAAAUGUCUGUCGACCAAAUUUCAAAAAUGUGUGAUGAAUGAAAGAAAGCGAGCGAAGGAAUGAAAAAAAUUCCAAACCAUCUUCAUCAUAAGUUUCCAAGGAAUAUAGUUAUUGUUCGUCCACAGGUAAUUGAUAUCACUAUUUUUUUUAUUUAAUAAAGCAAUUGUAAUAUAACACAAAUAAUGUGAAAAUGUACAUAAUUUGAAUAUGUUACAACGGAUUCGAGUCCAGAUGCAUGUUGUAUAAUUUUAAUACUGAACUCUUGUAAAUGUCACCGGCGCUAUAAAAAUAUACGAACAUUGAUAGGAGUAUAAGAAAAAUUA